UUUUGUGUACGUGCUGUUUAGCGCAGCAGCGAAUGUUUCUCCUUGAUCGUGCUGGAAAGCCUAUACACUCACAUAAUGUGGUGUCCUGAUAUAUCGGUAAUCGGAAAUAGAUAUUCUGAUGCGGACGUUACUCUCAUCUGAAUUCUUUGGACGACGCUACUGCCAUGAUCCUAAUUUAAAGAGAUUUGUUUCAUAAACAGUCUUGGUCGUUGCACAUUCUUCCCAUCACAAUGAGAUUUUACUCCUAUCUCGUGAAGAACCAUUUACCAAAGAUAGAAUAUUAUUCAAGGUUUUCACCAUCGCCUCUGUCAAUCAAACAGUUUCUGGAGUUUGGCAGGGAUAAUGCGUGCGAGAAGACGUCAUACAUGUUCCUGCGGAAAGAGCUUCCGGUGCGCCUGGCGAACACGAUGAGAGAGGUGAACCUGCUGCCGGAUAAACUGCUCAGUCAACCGUCAGUCAAACUGGUGCAGAAAUGGUACCUGCAAAGCUUUUUAGAGCUGCUGGAAUUUGAAAACAGGAAGCCAGAAGAUCCACAUGACCUGAAUGACUUCCUUGAGAUCCUUAUUGACAUAAGAAACAGACACAACGACGUCGUUCCGACGAUGGCCCAGGGCGUGAUCGAGUAUAAGGAGAAGUUUGGCUUCGACCCUUUUGUCAGCUCCAACAUCCAGUACUUUUUGGACCGCUUCUACACAAACCGAAUCUCCUUUCGCAUGCUCAUUAACCAGCACACUCUUCUCUUUGGCAAUGACAUAAAUCCAGCUCAUCCCAAACACAUUGGCAGUAUUGAUCCCAACUGCAAUGUGGCCGAGGUCGUGACUGAUGCCUACGAGACCGCCAAGAAGGUCUGUGAGCAAUAUUAUCCAGCUGCCCCGGAUUUGAAAAUAGAAGAAUUCAAUGGUGCAUUUGCUUCCAAGGCUCCUAAAAAACCCAUCCAAGCUGUUUAUGUUCCUUCCCAUCUAUUCCACAUGCUGUUUGAAUUGUUUAAGAACGCAAUGCGGGCCACAAACGAACUUCACGAGGGCAGUGAGGAGGGCCUUCCCCCUAUAAAAGCAAAAGUGACCCUGGGGAAGGAAGAUCUCUCUGUGAAGAUCAGUGAUAGAGGAGGAGGUGUGCCUUUACGGAAGAUUGACAGGUUGUUUAACUACACCUACUCGACUGCACCGACACCAAGUUUAGACUCCAAACGAGUGCCAUUGGCUGGUUUUGGACAUGGCUUACCGAUAUCAAGACUGUAUGCUCGCUACUUUCAAGGAGACCUGAAGUUGUACUCAAUGGAAGGGGUGGGGACAGAUGCUGUCAUCUAUCUGAAGGCCCUCUCUAGUGAAUCUUUCGAGCGUCUGCCCGUCUUUAACAAAUCUGCUUGGCGGCACUACCAAGGAGGCCCUGGAGCCGAUGACUGGAGCAACCCCAGCAAAGAACCCCGAGAUACCUCCAAAUACAAGGCCAAAAGAUAAAUGCACUCACCCCAGUGUAGCAAGCAUUCCCUCCGCACCCAUUCCAGACCUUCUCAGUUUUAACCCAGCAUAUCUGUUGCCACGGCAACACCACAUCAAAGCUGAGUGUUCUAUACUUGUUAGCAUUUCCAGAGCAGAAUUUUUCAUUUUCUGCUCGUAUCUACAAAUGUAACAUAUGGAGCCCCUUUAUGGUGUCUUCCAGGAGAGUGUAGAGAGAGGGGUAAACUUUGUGCUCUGAGUGACAGAUGCAGGGUUUAGUUGUGCCACACAGUAGAGCCCCUGUUUUAUUUUCAAAAAAGGAAUCCAGGAGCUUGAGAUGGUUGAAACAAAGGCCAUUUUUUACGCUGCCAUUCAGAAAUCCGCUGGUAAUAGAGAGGAGGGGUUCGUCCACCGUUUCCAUGGAUACCAACGCAAUUUUCUUGGCAGUGCCCUAAUGGCGUACUAUGUCGAAAGGAUUUUUUACAUGCUGGGUGAAUCUUAUUAACCUGUCACAGCAUUAGAGCCAUUCGGCAUUGGGGGUUUUUGCAUUGCAUUGUGAUUUUCAUGUCAGUUAUCAUUCUUAAGAACAUCACAAUUCAUGCACGUUUCAGUUCUCCACAUGCAAAUGCGUAACUCGUGUUUCAGAACCCGUAAGAAUGCACUUUUGAACAAAAUCUAAAUAGUUCAGUGCUAUUUAUUUAUUUAUUGAUCCCCGUUUAUUUUAAGAUCUUUUGCACAUGUGUGCUGAUGUUGUUUUGGCAAUGUUACUCAGAACUAGAGUUGUGUUCUAAGAACGCACACACCAGAAUAGCCUAUCAUAGCAUAAAGAAUGCUAGGUAUGAAUUUCUUUGUUUUCAGAAAGCAGAUCCUGCUUUGAUGAUACUUAGGCCCUGGUUGGUGAGAUUUGAUUGAGAUUUUUAGUUUAGCCUUUUUAGGAUUUAUUUAUAUUCUUUUUACACCACUACGUCUCAGAGACGAAAUGUCCUUGUUUAUGUGCUGCAAGAAUGUUUUCCAGAGUAUUGAUAUAGUUUUACAUCGGAAGUGUAUGGAAGUGUUUUAGGGCAAUAACACUUGGAGGGGGGGGAUUGGAUGAAUUACAGAGCAGCUUGUCUGGUUUACAGGAACAGCUAUUACAAGCUUAACUUUUUCUCUGUAUGUGUCUCAUUUUGUAGUAGUACUUCACAAAAUACCCUAUUUCUGCCCACUUCAUGUUUCUUUUGUACGCACAAAUAUUACUGUAAUUAGGUAAGUUUUGCCUAUUGUUUGAAAUUUUUAUUUUGAAUUUUAGUGCAUUUUACUGCAGUAUUGCUGGGUAAAUCUAUUGAAACCUGUCAAAAAAACCAUAUUUUACCAAGUGUUGGAAAGUAUGUGCAUACAGAAAAUACAGCAUUACAGUAAUGAGAAGUGAGUGUGCUAAAUUAUUCACGAACUGCAUGUGUUCAAUUAUUUUAUGAAAAUUAACAAUGUUUAAAAAAUGUUUUUAAAAUAAUUUUGAAAUGCUUUAUAAUUGGGAUUUUUAUACCCGAGAUCAACCACAUUCAUGUCUGCAAGUCUAUUGUUUGAUACAGGCUGUCUAUCUCUAUAUAAUGCUGCACAUCUGUUAUUCAAUGCUUGCUUACUGUUUUACGGUUCAGUUUUUGGUCAUGAUGGGAACGUAGUACCUUACUUUUCCAUUUUUUGUUUAAAUACGGAUUUCAGUAUUUAUUUUAAAAGUUUGUUAAAUUAUUUUCUAGAUUACAUAUGUUUAUAGUGUUUUAUUACAUCUAUGAAGAGCGCAUUUGAUGCCUUGAACUCCAACCGCUCAAAAGAGAAGUUAAUGUGGAACACAUGAAGAAAACCUGACCUGUUUACCGACACAGAAAUACAUUAACAGUGUCAAACAAACAUCGCAUCUGCAAAACAAGCUUUCUUGACAAAACAGGCAACAGGUGUUUGUGAAUUAAUUUGUUUUUUUUACUUUACAAGUAAAACACCAGUGCUUAUACUAUAGAUAAAUCAUGUUUUAAAAGUUGAAAGUGUAACACCGUGUCUACACCGGACGCGACCCGACAAACGGCUUGUCCUAAAUGGGUUUGUCUUGUCACAUCGCGCCACAUCCGUUAGUAACGUUAAGGAAUAAUCAUCUUUGCGUCGUGGCCGCAUUACCACCUCGAGGUGUGCAUUAACUUUAGAAUAAUUGAACGGAUAUAAGUCAAUUAUUCCGCUUAUACCACGGUUACCACACCACAGGACAUUGUUAAAAAAAUGUAUUUCAACGUUUGUCAUGUUAUCGCCUUUAAACUGCUAUUGAUGGUAGGACUACUUUCUGCGCAUCUCAUUUCAAGCGUCCGUUACGGACUCGGAAGCUUGAGCCACUGCUACGUGGUGUGUGAGUGAGAGAGCGAGCUAGAAACCGCGCGCGCACACCUGCGCGUUUGCAGUAAUGUGACAGAAAAGUCAGUGAUAAUACAUUAUAUAUUCCUCGCAUUAUUUCUACCAUCUGCAGUAAAACAAAUCACGUAAACUUUUGAAAGAGUAGGUCUAUCAAAUUAUAUUUGUUAUCAGUUGGAAGCAGCAUGAAGAGGCCAUCAGGGUUUAUUAAUGCAUUUUGUUUUUCUAUUUAGUUAUUUUAUUUAUUCGAUUACAGUAUAUGUAUUUCUAUAUUGUUUUUGAAAUGCUUUGUUUAUUGAAACGAAACCGCACACGUUUCCAUUAACAGUAUAUUUUGACAUUAUAAAUGUCAGAUCAAGAGCAGCUGUGUGCGGUGAUGGCCUGUAGGCUACACUAUAACCUUUCUGUUGUUUAAACUUGGCGAAGUGAUAUGGAACUGUAAUGCGGUCAGCAGACCUGGAACACCUUCAUAGGUGUGCAUUUACUGAAAGUUGAUGCAUACCCAUAGAACGUUUGUCAACCAAUCAGAUUGAAGCAUUCAACAGCCCUGUGGUAUAAUGGGUUCUAAUGGCUUGUCUUUUGGCGUGAUGUGUCGCACCGCGUCUGAUGUAGACAAGGUGUAAAACUCAUGCGUUAGCUGAUUUUGAAACUAUUGAACCAGACAUAAAAUCAUUACAAUUAGAGUAUUUAUCUGUUAAAUUCCAUCUGAAGUACCUAAUAAAAAAGUAAAUAAAAA